AUGAAGGCGUUCCUUUUCUAUCUUCUACCCUCACUCUUGGCCGCACCAGCCCUCUCUCAUCCUGCCUCAAGUAACAGCAAUACCGUGUCUCCUAGACUCCCCUUCGACUUCUACAAGCGUCAGUGUGACUGCUAUGUUGUGUCAGGACCAGAACCGGGAUACUUUGAGAACUACGCCUUCUGGGACUUCCGAAAGAUCCCUUUGCCUCGUUACGAAAUCAAUGGUAGCAAAGGCCGCGCCAACAUGAGAAGCUCUAUCCUGUCCCGAGCCGAUAGAAUUGACAAUAAUAAUGAAGUGGACGAGGAAAAGAAUGUUGACGAGGAGGCAGAAUUUGACUUCGGUACUCUCCUCCUCUCACACACUGCGUUCGCAAGGGACUGGAAACCCCAGAGGUGGCACCGCAAGAGCGACAGAACUGGACCUGUCUCUAUCAUUAACUCACCAGAAAACAUCUUCUUCGCGAGAAACACCCUAUAUGCAGAUGAUUCCGAGUCAACCCACCUCGUCCUGCGCACAACACGGUUCCCUGACCACACCGCGACAGCCGAACUGGAACAUAAACUUCGCAACAUCUUCCACUGCUCCCUACGAGUCCGAAUGCGCGUCAUGAAAGUCGACUCUCUGAGCCGUGAGCCAAUGCUGUAUGGUCGCCCAUUGCCGAAAGUAAACACGACAGAUCAACCAGUGGUACCCGGAGGCGCAUGUGCGGGUAUCUUCACAUAUCGUUCAUCGACCUGCGAGUCCGAUAUCGAGAUCCUGACUUCAGAUCCACACAAUAUCGUUCGCUACGCUAAUCAGCCCGACUACGACCCCAUAACUGAUACCAUGAUUCCGGGGGCGGCAUCAAUCGGUACACUUCCCGGGCCAUGGACGAACCCUAUCACGCACCGCGUCGACUGGCUGCACAAUAUCACCAACUGGUACGCCGAUGGCGAGAUCCAAGCCUUCAAGACCUACCAGGUCCCCAAUCAACCGAGCAUGAUAGCAAUCAAUCUCUGGAGUAACGGGGGUGAGUGGACAGGCGACAUGCCCGUGGGACACAGCGUGUACAUCGGCAUUGAGUGGAUCGAGCUGGCCUACAACACGUCAGCAAAGGUUAAGGGAGCACCGAGCGAUACUGUGCCCUUUCAGGGACAUAGACAUAGACCUUUGGUGCAAUUUGCAGCAGUAGAACUUGAAUCAGACAAUGAGAGCUCGGCAGAGGAAGUUGAGUUCACCAAAAGAAAGGAGGACAGGGAAUGUUUGAGGCCAUGCUUCUUAGACUCGUGA